UAUUUGGUUUUACAUUUAUAAUAUAUAAGUAAUACGCAUAGUAUAAUGAUAUAAUACUGAAAUACAGCGCACUAUUUACGUUGAAUUUUUUAAUAGUAUUUAUGACCUAUCGUCAUUAUACGAUUACUAUAACCGUCCGCGUUCGUCCGGGAAGGGGCUCGUCCGAUCCGCAACCGACCACUUUCUCCGUCCGGAAAGUUUUUUUUUUCUUCAGAACUCCAUCGAGUGCGCUUUGAACACGGCCUUAUAUCAUAGUGGUAGACGGACAGUUUAGCGGUCAAGUGCUAUUCAAUUAUUAUUUUUUUUUUUUUUACUAUUAUUAUAAUAUAAUAAUACAGUGAUAAUCGCACGCGCGUACCAUCUUUAGCCGGCCGAGUCUUCCGACGACACAAUUUUGCACCACGUUUGCACACCAGCUCCAGAUAUUAUACUAUACACUACAACGCUGCAGUAACAGACGUAGUCCUGCACCGUCAUGGGAGCGUACGUGACGUGGACUUUGGAGGCGUUGGCGUUUGGGACUUUUGUCGUGCUCGCGGUGCUCGUGCCGUACGCUCGUCGAAAGCGCGACUAUUGGACGAGUCGGGGAACGCCGACCGCGGUCGGUUACCGGUCGUUGGCCAACACGCUGCCGGGCAUCCGUCUACAGGACAGGUCGCUGUCCCGACACCGAGACGACGGUAAGGCCGCCGGCGCCGCCGCCGUCGGACUCUUCGACGGCGGCCGGCCGGUCGCGCUGGCUUGCGAUGUCCGCGUGGCCGCGGCCGCGCUCGGCAACGACGGAUUCGCCGAGGAGGGCGGUCGCCACGCGAGUCUCGUACCGGCCGCGGUGGACGCCGGCUCGGCGGCGGCCGUGCUGCCGACCCUGGCCGAGUGCGUGGUCGAGCUCAUCACGUCGCUGGAGGCCGUGGCCAACCGUCGGCUGACCGUCUCGCCGUGGACGGAGGUGAAGCGGUGCGCGACCACGGCGGUGGCCACGUGCGUGUACGGCCAACCGAUGGUCGACUCGCGGAUCAAAGCGUUCGCGGAACAGUGUGCGAAGGCGCUGUCGCCCGCGGGCGGCGGCGGUCGGCCGACGGUCACCGACUAUUUCGCCGCGUACGAUCUUUCGUCGGACGGACGAGCGCCGUCUACCGAUUUCAAGCAGAUUUUCCGCACGGCGGCCGCGAACAGCGACAAGAUCGACGCAGAUGUUGCCGACAAACAAGUGAGAUUAGACAUGUUCGAGUUCGUGACAGGCACUAUAGAACAGACGGCGGCACUAGUAACGGGUGUACUGUACGAGUUAGCCCGCAACCAAAAUAUCCAAAAUCAUCUCAGAGAGCACUUGGAUAGCGAGCUGGACGAACAUCAGCAACAGGUCACAAUCGACCAAUUGGAUCGAUUACCGUACUUGGAAAACGUGUUAAAAGAAACAUUGCGGAAGUACCCGCUGGUGGCUGUUGUGCGUCGUGUGGCCACCAAACCAUACAUUGUACCCGGAACAAAUAAUCGUUGCACCAUCGAACCAAACUCGCUGGUUGUGGUACCAGUGCAUGCGCUGCACCAUGACGCAGAACACUUUCCCGAGCCUGAAGAGUUCCAGCCACACCGUUUUCCCGGACAACUGUCUUCCGCGUACAUGCCACAUGGAAGUGGCCCGCAGUCUUACAUCGGUAAACAUUUCGUUGAACUGGAAGCCAAGCUCAUUGUCGCCAUGCUAGUGUCUCGGUACGAAGUGCACUUGGACAGCUCUAAUCCCGGCACAUCACCAGACUCGUUGAACCCUAAGUCGUUCGCGGGAGUACGCUUGAAGGUGGUCAACCGGAGCGGUGUCCGCGAGCCAAGGAUGUACACUUCUCUGCAGCAGUUACAUAAAGACAAUAAUGAGAGAGCUGGUGACCGGAAAUUUAUGUUCUUCUAAACGCGUUGUCGUUAGGACGAGAUCAACGGUUCGAUAAUAAUAUCGACUAUAAGAGUCAAAAAAAGGGUUAAGUGACAGUUUUACUUAUUUUUAUCAGAGAAAAAUCAAAAAUAUGCAUUUUAGUAUAAUCUUGACAUUCAGUUUUGGAAUGAGGUUAGUGUUAUAUAUUCAGUAUUAUAUCACAUAACAGAAUAGCCUGAUAAUUAAUUUAAUAGUAUUUAUUCAAAAAAUGACUAUACAACCUAUAGGUUUGAUAUUAUGUAUUAUAAUUUAUAAUUGUUUUAAAAUAAAUAUUACACCAAAUUCAUCACUGUAUUGAAAACAAUAUAAGAACCAAAAAAAUGUUUUCAAGAAUAUACCCUACCUAUUUCAUAAUAUUCGUUUAGCAAAUUUAUUAUCUACAAAUAAUUAAAGAAAAAUGACUAACCCGUUUUCGAUCGUGGCAUUUGUAUAGAAAUUUAAAACAUUUGAUUAGCAAUUAUAAUUGUAGGAGCUAUUUAUUUGUUGAAUAUCUCCACAUACAUUUUAGUAUUUUACAAGAGUCGCAUAACCACUCCACAAAUCAAAAAAAAAAAAAAAAAAACAGUCUAAAAAUACUUUUUUUGGUAUUCCGUUAAAAAAUGUGGUUUGUCUCAAAAUAAGAGAUUAAAAUAUAUUGUAUUAUUAAAUUUUUAAUAAAACAGAACAUUGACGCUUGCACGAUUGAAUACUUGAACUGUUGGUUGCUCAGUAGUAUAAUACACCUCAUGUCACUUAUUACCUUUUACCUUUUAUCAGUCGAAUUAUUAUCAUGUGCGUAACGUGAACUAUUGUUAUAGUUUUAAUUUACCAAUAAUAUUACCAACCAUGGACUUUUUUUUAAUUAUGUAAGCUUACAUGUAAAUAUUUAGACGACGUAAUUCGAUAGCGUUCCAAAAACAAUAAUUUAUUGUUUUACUAUUAAUGAAUUUCGAUGAAAAUAUAUUUUUAUUUACAGUGAA